AUGGCAGUGCUCGGGAUGAGCGAGGUGAAGAGGAAAGGACUGGGAAGUCAGGUGAUGAACGGAAAUUAUGUACUUAGAUACUCAGGAGUAGCAAUGAAUGACAGAGCAAAGGAAGGAGUGGGAUUUAUUGUGACAGAAGAGAUGGAUAAGAAGGCAACAUCAUGGAAGGAAGUCAGCUCAAGGAUAAUAACACUAAGUCUGGAUCUUGAAACACUGAUUACUCUUAUCCAGGUGUAUGCACCAACAGAGGACGCAGACUUGCUGGAGAAGGAAGUGUUCUAUGCAGAGCUACAAAAACAGAUUGACGCAAAUGAAAGUAUAGGAAGGAGAGCGAUAGUAAUGGGAGAUCUAAAUGGAAGAGUUGGUCAAGAUAAUUACACAAACAAAGGAAUCUUAGGACCUUAUGGCGGAGAGGAAGUGGUUAAUACGAAUGGAGAAAAGAUUCUUGAUCUCUGUGCUCUGAAUAAUUUGAUAGUAGCCAAUUCAUACUACAAUACUACAAACAUAAGAGAAUACAUCAAAUCAGUUUUGAGUCUGCUCAAGGCUCUAGCCUCAUUGACUAUUUCUUGA